CCUAAUGUCUCGACUUCCCUGUCGCGCUGCCCAGGUUUAAUUACCCCCGAAUCCUUCGCUCGCCCAACUAAUUCCUGCAGAGGGGCAAUGCUAUUGAGAGAAAAUCCCCCUAGAAUUGGAUGUCUCGCCUUGCAGGUGCGGAUGUGAUGAGUACAAGCGAGGGCAGGUCGAGGGUUUCGCCAGCCCCCACAAGGGAGGAUGCGUGUGUAUUUAAAAUUGAAUAUACCCAUGUUUCUCAGCACGAUCCUACGAUCAUUCCAAAUCGAUGCGUUCUCUCUCGUUUUCUUUUUCUUGCUGAAGAAGUGUCAAGAUGCGGUGUGAAGAUGGCACCGAGGGCUGUUUUGGCCCGUCCAACGAGAGUCUCCGCCGGUCGGUCAUUGUCUCGCUCGUCUUUGCGUUUUUCCUGUCGACCGUCACCGUUGCGUUGCGGCUGCUGGCCAGGAGGAUCAAUGGGACGAAGCUGUUUCUCGAUGAUUAUCUGAUUCUGAUGCUGUUCAAGUAUGGUUGCUCGAUCGGUGUUUGCAUCCUCCUAUACAAUGGCCUUGGAUCGCACAUUACCGAAAUCCCCCCAAAGAACCUCAUCAUCUUCGCCAAGAUCGGCUACUCCAACUCCUUCGUCUAUACCGCCUGCAUCGCAUUCAUCAAACUCUCCAUCCUCACCCUCUACAAACGCCUCUUCUCGACCCGACGCAUGAUCCUCGCCUCCAACCUCAUCGCCACCUUUGUCAUCCUCUGGGCCAUCAGCAUCUUCAUUGCCGGCGCUCUCAUCUGUAUCCCGGUCAAUAAAUUCUGGGACCAGUCCAUCCCGGGUCACUGUCUCGACAGCGCCACGUUCUACUACGCGAUGCAGAUUCCGAACAUCUUUUCCGAUCUGGUGAUUCUCAUCAUGCCGAUGAAGAUUGUCUGGGCGUUGCCGAUUCCCAAAACGCAGAGGAUGCUCUUGUCGUGCGUUUUUGUCGUGGGUGGAUUGUAUGUCUUCCCUCUCUACUAGGCUUGUCAAUGCUAACAAUAUAGAACUCUGGUCUUUGAUAUCGUCCGUCUCGUCGCAAUGAUCAAGCUCACUCAGGCUGGUCCUGACGUCACCUGUAAGUCUUCUCGUCAUACACCAACACCAACACAUCUAACAAUAUACCACAGACUAUCAAGCCCCCGCCGCACUAUGGACCUGCAUCGAAGCAGCCGUCGGCAUCACCGCAGCCUGUCUCUCCAACCUCCGCCCGCUCUUCAAACUCGGCUACCGCGGUGUCUG